CGUACUCCGCGCGUCGUGCUCUGUUUUCUGGCACUACCGUUAUGUCGACUGCUAUGAACUUCGGGACCAAGAGCUUCCAGCCAAAGCCCCCAGACAAGGGCAGCUUCCCGCUGGAUCACUUCGGUGAAUGUAAAGGCUUUAAAGAGAAAUUCAUGAAGUGUCUCCGUGACAAUAAUUUCGAGAAUGCUCUAUGCAGAAAUGAAUCAAAAGAAUAUUUAGAAUGCAGAAUGGAAAGGCAGCUGAUGGCUCGAGAACCACUGGGAAAACUGGGAUUUGGAGAUUUGGUGAACGGACAGUCAGAGGCUAAAGAGUAAAUUUUGAUAGAUGAGGGCCACUGGCCAUCAGGAAGCACUAGGUGAGGGCUGAGGGCACCUCAAUUUUGCCCUGAAGCUGCAUGGAGGUGCUUCCCUGUGGGUGUGACUCAUAACCAGGGACUCUUGGCUUGACUUCUGAAGCUCCCAAAUCAUUUUCAUCAAUUGAUGUUCUUUUUAAAUUCUCAUUUUCCUAUGAAGGAGUAGUUUAAUCUGUCACUCAGUAUGCAGCACAGGGUCCCCAGGCGGCACGCAGUGGGAGGGCAGAGCUGUGGAGUGAUACAGGGCACUGUCUAGGGCACCUUCACACUGUGCUACUCAGAGCAGCUUUCCCAAGGACCUGCUCACCAAGCAGACUUCAGUCUCCUAUGUGCACAGAUCGUCAGAGGAUAACCGAUCCCAGCGAAGCACUUUCCUUUUUGUGUGCACAGACAUUCACAUCAGCUUGGGGCUUGGGGUUUCCCCCCCUUUUUCUUUUUCUUUACAAAUAUAGAAUAUAGGGGCAGGGAUAUAGCUCAGUAGCACAGCGCCCGCC